CAAGCUACACGUACAACACACAGAUAGCGACAUUUUAAUUCUGUCUUCGGAUUCAAUCGUGUAUUAUCUUUGUGAGUGUCUCGAUAAUUUAAUUUAAAUGGAUGAAUUUCAAUUUGAUGAGAUGGAGGUUGAUACCAAGUUAGCAGAGUCCUAUUUUGAGAAGAAUAACUAUCAGUUUCCAAUGAACCAAGAGUCUGGUAAAAAAUCUAACAAGGAUGGAUAUGGUAAUACUAUUUUUUAUGAUGUUAACUGCUGUUUUGAGUUAGGAGAGUCACCAUUAUCGGGUAGAGAGACAAAUUUAUACGAGUACUUGGAUCAACUCAAUGAAAAAUUCAAAAGACUGGCAACAGAGGUAACAAAACAUGCCGAAACUUUUUGUCAGAUGGAGUACUUAAUACGUAAAAUUCCAGUGAAUGAAGUACGAGACUAUGACAUAAGACUUAUUGUGCAAAAUUUUACAUGCGACAGUUCAAAACAAACCAACCAAUUUAGCGAUUUCUUUCUUAACUAUGACUACUUAACGAUGGGUGAGAACACACCACUCGCGAAGCUUGGCUCCAUAAUGCAGCUGAUGGGGAGGGGGGUGCGAGAUAUAGAAAUUGUAUGCACCAAAAAUACCGCAGCCGUCUGUAACUUGUUCAAAGAGUUGUGUCACAGCGUUGGAUUCGAUAAUAUUUCUACAGUCUUUGUGGAGUCCGUUGAUGAACUAGAGACCAAAAAAAUCCCAAUGAAUAUUUUAUCUGUGACCACGGGAUGUAUAGGAGUGGUGACCGAGGGUUGCGACAUAGAUUCCGCCAUCGAUACGUUCUUGAAGACUACCACUAGGUAUCCAUGGAAACUCAGCCGCGUUCUGGUGCAAGAGAGCGUAUACGAAGGCUUCAAGAAAGCCUUCUCUUGGAAGGCCAGUCUCAAAGCAGACGGAGCUGAUCAAAGUCUCGCCUCAAUAAAGCAUCUCUGCGCAAACGCAUUCCAGUACGACGACAAGACAUUCCUUGUUGAUUACGCGGGAAACCCCGAAGCCGUCGGGCCCAUGGUCAAAAUCGAAGCGUACAGGACUACUAAGGAACUGAUAUCGCUGGUGAAAAAGCACAGGGUUAAGUACUUGUCGCUGUGGGCUAGCGACAUUGCACAAGCCAAUGAAAUCGCGUACAAUGCUCCUUCUUCAGUCGUGUGGAUCAACAGCUAUGGUACCUUCGACGGCCCGGUGCAGGCUUCGCAAGCUAUUUAUGCAAACAUGAUAGACGACGAUUAUCUCGAUGUCUUGGACGAUAUACCAAAUUGUGAUGAGGUAAUGGAUCGGCAAGAGGUGUGGGCGAAGACGCCAUUAGAAGAUCGCCGCCGAAUCGUCCUCGACCUCACGACUGGUUCGGAGUUCCAAAUGUUGAGGGACGCAUUGCAAAGUUAUGAAGGCGAUAAUUUCGUGCACGUCGACAAAGAGCGCAUGUGCGUUGGUUUGACAGAGCCACUAGAAUUCAUAUUAGUAGACGCAACUUUUAAAAGUGUAGGUGUUUGGAAUUUUGCUAGGAUGUUAUUGUGCGGGUCUGCAUUGAUAUUGACAAGACGUCUUGAAGUCCCCUUUCAUGAUUACUUUGAAAGACUAGCGAGAGACAGUCAGAACAUACCUGUAAUGUAUAGUGAAUGUUAUGUUUCGACGCCUGAAGUUCGUGCUAUAUUAUACAACACAAAAGUCAUUUCGACAAACUUUGGUACAAUAUUUGCAAACUAAAGCAAGAAUGCGAAUUUUCAUUCAA